UUUACUAACUAACUAUAGUUUUAUCUUAGAUCAUUUACUAUGGAGUAUGGAUGUAGUCAUGCGUAUAAUUGCUCUAGCAUCGAAUUGUGUCCAACAUCAUYCCCCCCAUCUUCAGAAUUUCACGGUACACGACACUAAUGCGCGUGCCCGAAGGCUCAGAGUAAUAAUAAUUAAUUACCAGAAAUCGGUAUCAACAUUCAACAAUGCCAACUGAUAAGUAAUAACACGUUUAUAAUUUUUAAUUUUUAUUGUUUGAAAUUCAACGUUAUUGCUUAUCACUUUAUCAGUAUAAUAGUAUCAUUCGCUUAGAUUUCUGGGCAUGCGCAUUUCUUUCGUGUACCGUGAAAUUUUGAAGGUGGUGGGGAUGAUGUUGGACACAAUUCGGUAUACGCAUAACUACAUCCAUAGUAUAUGAUCUAAGGUUUAUAUUAUAUCUCAAUGAUUGUUAUCAAACUUUGAUACUAUUUUAUCACGAAAACUGAUAACCGUUAUCUGUAGUUGUCGAAGGAUAAAUAUUAGAAAGUGAACAAGUAUAAAUUCUAUAUAAUUUCGAUUUAGCAAUAAUUGCACUGCAGCUGCUGUGUUGAAGAAUGAGGGCCAGGACUAUAUCUUCUCAUUGAAGGUUAUUUUCAUAGUUUUUAUCUUGGCUAUUGACUUUCAUUUGUCUACACGUCACUAUCUAGACUCGUAGAAGUAUCAUUUAUCAAUCAACAAAAUUUACUAGUUGGCUGUGCAAUAUGAGUCAUGAACAUCACAAUCACCAUGCAAUGGAUAAUCAUGAGCAUACUACCGAAAGUGGUGAUUCCUGCUGUCCUAGUUCUGAUGCACCAGCAAGCAGUGGGCAACAUAUGAUGCAUCAUAUGAUGUCUAUGUCAUUCCAUUUUGGUACUCAUGAAACUGUAUUGUUUGAUUGGUGGACAUUUUCUACAACUAGUGGUCUAGUGUAUUCUAUGAUUGGAAUUUUUUUAAUAGCCACAUUAUAUGAGGGAUUAAAAUAUUUCAGAGAAUAUUUAUUUUGGAAAUCUUAUAAUGCUAUACAGUAUAGAUCAGUACAAAUUCCAUUGGAAAAAGGACCAAAUGAUCCUGUUUCACAAAUGGUUGGGAAGGUGCUUUUAAAACAACCCCUGCCCACAAUGUUCAGUAUAACACAUUUGCUUCAAACAUUCCUGCACAUAAUUCAAAUAUCCAUCAGUUAUUUAUUGAUGUUAAUAUUUAUGACGUACAAUGUCUGGUUAUGCUUAGCUGUUUUGUUUGGCGCUACUUUGGGUUACUUUUUAUUUGGAUGGAAAAAAUCAGUUGUUGUGGAUGUCACAGAACAUUGUCACUGAUAUAAUUGUGUUUCACAUAAAAUUUGAAUUUAAAAAUGUAUUAUGUUCUUAUUUACUAUAAGUGUAUACAAUAUUAUUCAUAAAUAUAUUUUAUAUGGCAUAUUAGCUUAGAAGUGCUUUCAUCAGUUAACGUUAUUCACUGGUUUAACUAAGCAAUAUAUUAGAUAGAUGCCCUUAUUGUUGGGUCAAUUUUAUAAAUAAUACUCUGUCAUUUGAUGAUUUUCUUGAUGAUAUACACUAUACAGCCUUGUGACAAUGUAUCAUAAAAAAUUCCAAGAUGGCUUAUUUGGAUUUAUUAAAAACAAAUGUAUACUUUUAUGAUGUAUUAUUAAAUAAAUUUUUGUAUUUUAU